CCCAGCUCUUUGUGCAUCUGCUCUUCCAAGUGUCCUUCAGCACAGAGCAUAUGCUGGAGGAGGUUGACACCUUCUGGAGGGAAUGCCGGAAGCAAGGCAGCCUUCCCGCCAACCCCAACAGGCUUGCAGUGCUGACCAUCAAAGCCCUGCUGAGCCGUCUGCGGUGCGAGACUGUGCUGAUGGCCAUGGAACGCAAGCGAGGCUGGGACACGCUCCUCCACGCUGACACCCACCACUACGCGGUGGGUCUGCUGGCCAGGGAGAUGGGCUGUGCCUGCACACCCUUGUGUUGCGGCAUUGUAUGCUGCCUCCUGGAGCUGCUCAGCGAAGAGAUGUGCCCCUGGCACCUCCCUGCCAUGACAUUCCUUGUGGAAGUGCUGGUCUACCUGGACGUGACUGAAUGUGGCGAAGCCAUCCUGCAGAUCCUUUCAAGGCACCUGUGGAGCGAGUGCCCUGAGAUUCGUCACCAAGUGCUCAGAGGCCUGGUGGUUCUGAGCAAGGAUCCUGUGACGGCCAAAAGAAUGGGCAGCCUGACCGAAAGCCUCGUGCUGCUCCUGAGGGAUGAAGACGAAAAGGUGGUCAGGAAUGCCGUCACUUUACUCGGCUUUCUGUUCUCGGACGACCACAUCCGAGUAUCCAGCCCCACCGCCUUGCAGUUGGCCGAGGCGCUCCAGCCGCUCUUUGACAACGAUGACAGCAGUGUGCAGCUCUCCUCCAUGCUCCUCUUCAGUGGGGUGAUGAUGCUGCUAAAGAAAGAGGGGAAAAAGCCCCUGAAGCCACAGCAGAACCUGCUUCCACUCUUCUUCCACUGCUAUGAUGAGAACCCGAGAGUGGCAGAGGCCUCUCGGGAAGCGCUGCUUUGCUUGGCCGGCUUCCUGAAGAGGGCGGAUCUCAAGAAGAGGUUGAAGAAGGAGCUGUGGACAUUCAGCGAGUGCCUGCUGAGAAAGGACAAGAGCCGAGUGGCCGAGUACCUGCGGCAGGCCCUGCCGUACCUGGAGAGCCCACAGGAACCCCUGCGAGAGGCAGCCGUCAGGUUCAUUGGGAUGGCCGGGAGGUUCCUGAGGGCACCUGAAGAGCUGCAGGUCAUCCAAAAGG